AUGGGUGCCAAUACAUUCAUUGCUAUAGCUAUAGCAAUUAGCGCAUGCGCAAUUGUCGCAACAUUAUUUGUUGUUGUAUCUUUAUUCAAUGAUAUCAAUGCAUUAUAUGACAAUGCUAUGAAUGAACUUCAUGAUUUUAAGAUAAUAGCAAAUGAUACGUGGAAUACCAUCCGUUUGUUGCACAUAUACCCAUCACGUAACGCACAAAUUGCGCCAACCUAUGCUAAUUUAUUUAUCCGUCAUAAACGAGAACCUGAUCCGGAAAGUUGUAAAUGCUGCUCUUCUGCCAAUCAUUGUCCACGAGGUCCAGCUGGACCACAAGGUAACCAAGGUUGGAAAGGUGUAGAUGGGCUACCAGGAGAAGAUGGUUAUCAUGGUGUACCAAGUGUCAUUAUCACAGUCAUCCAGGAAAAAUCUGCUGAUUGCAUUUAUUGUCCACCUGGCCCACCAGGAUUACUUGGACGUCCUGGUCCUCCUGGUAAUCGCGGACCAGUGGGACGUAUUGGUAGUGCUGGAUUGUCCGGAAAAAGAGGUGCAACAGGUAGGCAAGGAGAUGUAGGAGAGGCUGGACCAGCAGGUAUUUCUGGCAAACCAGGUGAGCGUGGUUUAUCAGGACGGAAUGGAACAUAUGAAAAAUGUGCAAUAGGCCAAAAAGGUCCAAAUGGACAACGUGGUUUUCCUGGUCCAUCAGGUAAGAAUGGUAGUGAUGGCAUUCGUGGUCCUCCUGGUAAGCCUGGUUUGCUGGGACAAUUUGGUACUCCUGGACAGAGCGGCAAAGAUGGACAUUUAGGACUGAUUGGAUUACCCGGAUUGCCUGGGUCAGAUGCCCACUACUGCCCAUGUCCACUGCCAACAUCAAUGCUUCUUCAAAAAGCAUAA